AUGACCUUUGACAAUGAGUUUGGGGGGUCUUCUUCCUGUCACAUGUCGGGGUCACACCUCCUGUCACAUGUCGGGGUCCCACCUCCCGUCACAUGUCGGGGUCCCACUUCCCGUCACAUGUCGGGGUCCCACCUCCCGUCACAUGUCGGGGUCACACCUCCCGUCACAUGUCGGGGUCCCACCUCCCGUCACAUGUCGGGGUCCACCCCCGUCACAUGUCGGGGUCCCACCUCCCGUCACAUGUCGGGGUCCCACCUCCCGUCACAUGUCGGGCUCCCACCUCCAGUCACAUGUCGGGCUCCCACCUCCCGUCACAUGUCGGGGUCCCACCUCCCGUCACAUGUCGGGCUCCCACCGCCAGUCACAUGUCGGGGUCACACCUCCCGUCACAUGUCGGGGUCCACACCUCCCGUCACAUGUCGGGGUCCCACCUCCCGUCACAUGUCGGGCUCCCACCUCCAGUCACAUGUCGGGCUCCCACCUCCCGUCACAUGUCGGGGUCACACCUCCCGUCACAUGUCGGGCUCCCACCUCCCGUCACAUGUCCGGGGCUCCCACCUUCCUCCGUCCAUGUCGGGGUCCCCACCUCCCGUCACAUGUCGGGCUCCCACCUCCCGUCACAUGUCGGGGGGUCCCACCUUCCCGUCACAUGUCGGGGUCACACCUCCCGUCAACAUGUCGGGCCCCACCUCCCGUCACAUGUCGGGUCCCACCUCCCGUCACAUGUCGGGGCUCCCACCUCCCGUCACAUGUCGGGUCCCACCUCCCGUCACAGUCGGGGUCCCACCUCCCGUCACAUGUCGGGGUCCACACCUCCCGUCACAUGUCGGGGUCCCACCUCCCGUCACAUGUCGGGUCACACCUCCCGUCACAUGUCGGGGCUCCCACCUCCCGUCACAUGUCGGGCUCCCACCUCCCGUCACAUGUCGGGGUCCACCUCCCGUCACAUGUCGGGCUCCCACCUCCAGUCACAUGUCGGGGUCCCACCUCCCGUCACAUGUCGGGGUCACACCUCCCGUCACAUGUCGGGGUCCCACCUCCCGUCACAUGUCGGGCUCCCACCUCCCGUCACAUGUCGGGGUCCCACCUCCCGUCACAUGUCGGGGUCCCACCUCCCGUCACAUGUCGGGGUCCCACCUCCCGUCACAUGUCGGGGUCCCACCUCCCGUCACAUGUCGGGGUCACACCUCCCGUCACAUGUCGGGGUCACACCUCCCGUCACAUGUCGGGGUCCCACCUCCCGUCACAUGUCGGGGUCCCACCUCCCUGUCACAUGACUUCUUUAAAAACCAAAUGAAAUACACUUUAAUUUCCCGUCUUCUGUAA